CACCGCCAACCACCAUGCGUUGCCACCAAGUUUCAACGGGAGAGGAGUCAAACGCCAGAGGGAAGAAGGAAGAUCGCUGGAAACAGGGGAGACUCGUUGCUCACACCGCUUACGAUCCGGGGAUUAAAUGCAAUUGCUCUUCCACCCCUUGCACAUCACUGCCCUGAAAGUUUACGCGUUAGACGUUACUAGUUUGAUUUCAGAUGAACUUUGGAACCUAACUUCCAUCAUUGAUCUGUAUGGGAAGGAGGAAGAUCGUUGCCAAGAUCGCUUGAAGGAAUCUCGUUGCCUGGAAGAAAGAAUCGUCGGAGCUGCUGGCAGACGUCUCCGUUGCUUCGUCGGAGCUCCUCCAAGAUUGCUGCCGCGACAGGAAGUGAUAGAGAGAGAGGUCGCUGCUCUGUUCUUCAUCGGAGAUGUCUGCUCGUGCCGAAAAGAACCGUAAAGGUGAGAAUCUGGAAGAAUGUUUCGUUGUUGGCUGUCGUUGAUGGGUGGCUUGGCUGCUGUUCGUCUAAGAGAGGAGGCUGAGGACGAAAGGCGUUUGGUCAAUUGGGGGUAAAUGGGUGUAACCAAAGCUAUUGUGAAAUUACUAAAUUGUCCAUGAUUUUAACACUAGUUAGUGACAAAUUUAACCUCAGGACUAUAUUGGCUACAAUUGAAACAUUUGAGGGAUCAAUUUAUCAAAAUUGACAAUGAGGGACUACAUUGCAUAU